ACAGUCAAUAGUUAAUAUUUUGUAACACAAUUGCUUUAAGUAAAUCUCGUUACCAUUUAUUUACAGGACAAUCGUAUUGAGAGAUGGAUGAAGAGAAGGAAUCAGCCAGUAUCUGUGUGCUGCCGGAAGGUUGCUUGUCGGAGGCAUUAUCACUAACUUCACCUCGGGAUGCGUGCAGAGCUGCCGCCAUUUCCUACGGAUUCAAGUCGGCGGCAGAUUCCGACGCCGUAUGGGAGAGGCUUCUGCCACCGGAUUACUUUCAAGUCAUUGCGAGGGCGGUUUCUCCGGUGGUUUUUGGCUCUAAAAAGCAACUCUACCUCUGCUUAUCGGAGUCGCAUAUCCUCCUGGAUCGUGGCUAUUUGAGCUUCAAGCUAGACAAAUGGAGCGGGAAAAAGUGGUAUAUGUUGGGAGCAAGGGAGCUAUCAAUUACAUGGCAACAUGAUCCCUCUUAUUGGCAAUGGCAAUCUAUACCCGAAUCAAGGUUUCCAGAGGUGUGCAUCCUUAGAAAAGUAUGUUGGCUUGAAAUUAGAGGCAAAAUAGCAGCUGUAAUGCUUUCACAAAACACGACAUACGUAGCGUAUCUUGUCUUUCGAAUUGCUAGGGAUUCUAGGGGACUCGUGGUUCCAGCGACAACAAUUGUAAGUUUUGGCGGGAUAGAGACCGCGACAACAGGUGUUUUUCUUCAAAAACCAGGGGCUCGAGGUAGAAUUUGGCAUGCUCCUCUUGGAAACAGCGAUGGGUUCCCACGUAGGAGAGAGGAUGGGUGGAUGGAGGUCGAAUUGGGGGAAUUCUACUGCGAUGAAAAACGUAAUGGUGAAGUUGAGAUGGUAUUUGAGGAGAUCAGGCACGGAAACUGGAAGAACGGUCUUGUUGUGGAAGGCAUCGAGCUUCGGCCUAAAUUGGUUACAACUAAUGAAUAAAAAUCUUGUCUCAUCAAAUCUUAUGUCCC